UUCAUAGCGCAAAGCGCAGAGAGAUCUGACAACGACCCAUUGAGGGUCAUGUUCCGUGACGUCAGAAUGAACUUUAUUAUUUGCAUGAAAGAUAAAUUUAUUAACCAAUCACAAUACUCGUUACGAAGUUGGUUGUAACAUUGUUUCAAAAUGGCGUCGAAAGAAGAAGUAUCAGCUGCGUUUGAAGAAAUUAAAGAAAAUUUUGGUUUAGAUGAACUAAAAAGCGAGCAAUUAGACAUCCUGACAUCGAUUAUUAGGAACGAAGAUUGUGUAGGCGUGUUACCGACAGGAUAUGGCAAGUCUUUACCAUACCAGGUAGCGAAGGGUGUUGCGAACAAGUUGGGAAAAGAAUUCCAUAAGAUCAUCGUAUGCUCCCCGCUCAUUUCCCUGAUGCAGGACCAGGUGGCUCGCUUACAGAAAUUUGGAAAUGGUCUUAAAGUUAUGUAUAAAGGUCAAAAGGAUUAUUGUGCAGUGGAGGAAUGUGACAUCAUAUUUUCUUCACCAGAGCAUCUUGUUGGGAAUGAUGAUUGGAGAGGAUCCUUAUCGAAGCUAAAGGUCUCCUUAAUAGUAGUUGAUGAGUUCCAUACAGUUUCUACAUGGGGAGAACUUUCCAAAAAUGAACAUGAAAAGGUAUUUAGGCGCUGGUUUCGUUACCUUGGAGAAGUAAGAAGCCUCUUUCCGGAAGCUUCCAUGCUUGCUCUCAGUGCAACUUGUACAGAUGAAAUUCUCAAGGAAGUGCUUCAAGCUUUAAGUAUGGAGGGUGCAAAACACAUAAUUGUUUCUCCAGAUAAGGGUAACAUCAAGUACAGUGUUUUCAGAACAGGUAGAACCAUGGAACCAUCUUUAUUUUGGCUUAUAGAUGAGUUGCAUGAAAAUUUUGAACGUUUUCCUCGAACAUUAAUAUAUUGUAACAGCAUUCAAGAUGUCGCAAGAGUAUUUACUUAUUUUAAAAAGGAACUACCAGAUUGCAGUGUUAUAGAAAUGUUUCAUUCUGAAACCAGUGAUAAGAAAAAAAUGGAAAUAGUGACUGAUCUCAGUUCAUCUGAAGGUGUUCUUAAAGUAGUUGUUUGUACCAGUGCUCUUGGUAUGGGGGUUGAUAUAAAGAACUGUCAAAACAUAAUAUUAUAUGGACCACCUAGAAAUGUUGUAGAUCUUGUGCAGAUUGUAGGUCGAGCGGGUCGUGAUGGUUGUAAUGCCAGUGCUUUGUUAUUAUGUAGUUCCUACCAAAUAGGACAUGUUGAUAAAAAUAUGAAAGGAAUUAUUAAUGAUGAUGCAUGUCGUAGAAAAAAUAUUAUGAAACAUUUUAUGUAUGCUGAGGUAAUGUUUGAUCAGGAAUUGCAUAGAUGUUGUGAUAAUUGUGCUCAGAAAUGUUUAUGUAAAAAAUGUGAAAUGCCAUAUUUAGAAAGUUUAUAUAUAGAUAGCCACACUUUAAACACAAAUUCACCAGAUGAGAAUUCAGAAUCAGAUAGUGACUAAUAUAUACAUGUAUGUAUAAACCAAUUGUUGAUAUAUUUGUUAAGAUAGUUGUUUGUAAAGGUUUUCUUUAAAUGAUGGUUGACAUCCAGAACUGUCAAAAUGUUAUAUCAAUACGACCACUUUAAUUUUGUGCAAAAUUUGUUUAAGCAUGUUGUGAUGGAAGUAACAUGAAUAAUGGCAAUGCUUUGAUAUUAUAAUGUUGUCAUACUAAAUAUGUUGAUAAAAAGACAAAAGAAAUUAUUGAUGUGGAGAUGUAAAUCUUGUGCAAAUUGUUGGUUAAGCAUGUUAUAAUGGAUAUAAAUCCAAUUCAUGCUAAUGAUUUCUUGUUGUGUUGUUUGAACUAAAUAUGACAUUGAUGAAAGAACGAGAUGCAUAUUGUAGAUGAUGUUGAAAAUUUUCCAAAUGCAGAGAUUAUGUUUUACCAAGAACUGCGGAGAUGUUUUGAUAAUUGUGCACAAAAAUAAGCAUGUAAAAUAUGAGAAGUGCCAGAUUCAAAAUUUAAUUAAUGUAUAGUAUACUUUUUUUUUCAGGAAGUGACAAUCCACCUUCAUUUUUUUUAUACUCUCUGACAAAAAAAAUUUGGCAAAUGUAUACAUAUAUAUGAGA